UGCUGAUGGGAUUAAGCUGCAGGCUCCUUGCCUUGCCACCCCGCAGCAAGAAGCUUGUGUAGCUCUGGGCUGCUUUUACAAAAACGCUCUCAAAACUUUUCAGCGUCGGGUAUGCUGGCGAGCCAAUAAUCCCACCUGCAAAACCGGAUGAAAUUAAAUAAACCGCCGCGCCUGGGCCGCGUUUUGCCACAGCCUCGGGCUUCUCCCGGUGCUUCGUUUACCUCGGCCGGGGCAGAGGGCAGUAGCAUCAGCACGAGCGAGCCGCGGCCAUCGCGGGGCCCUCUUGUCCCUCCCAGCACUUCCCCGCCGGGCACUUUCUCCUCGCGGGAUGCUCCCGCAGCCGGGGGGCCGGAGCGCAGGGCCGGGGCUCUCCCGGACCGGGAGACAGCGGGGACGAUCAGCGGGGACGAUCAGCGGGGACGAUCAGCGGGGACGAUCAGCGGCCCAGCCGGGCCCCGCGAGGGCGGUGCUGACGGCGGCCCGCCCCGGGUCUGCGCCCGCUUGCAGGAUGCGGCGGCGGUGCGGCGGCCCGGCGGGCGAUGCGGGGCCGCGGCCGGGCCCGGGGACGCCUUUAAGGCCCGCGGGCGGGCGGCGAACGCCGUUGACGUCGGGGAAGCGCCGCCCGCGGCUGGCCCGGCCCGGGGAAGGGGGGGGCACGGUGGGAGAAGGGGGGGUUGUGUGCGCGGGCGGCCCCCGCCGCAGCCCCCCGAGGGCGGCUUCGGCUGGGUGGUGGUCUUCGCCGCCGCUUGGUGCAACGGCUCCAUCUUCGGCAUCAACAACUCCUUCGGGAUCAUCUACGUGAUGCUGCAGAGCGACCUGGGCGACGGGGAGAAGGACCCGGCGCUGGAGUUCAAAACAGCAUGGGUCGGCUCCUUGGCCAUGGGCAUGAUUUUUUUCUGCUCUCCCAUCGUCAGUAUCUUCACCGACCGGCUUGGCUGCAGGACCACGGCAGCCAUGGGAGCUACCAUCGCCUUCAUCGGACUCCUCUCCAGCUCCUUCACCAAGUCUCUGGAAGUUCGUUAUUUCACGUACGGGAUCCUCUUUGGCUGUGGCAGUUCCUUCGCUUUCCAGCCCUCGCUGGUCAUCCUUGGUCACUACUUCAAGCGCCGCCUUGGCUUGGCCAACGGCAUUGUGUCCGGCAGCAGCUGCCUCAUCUCCAUGCCGCUCCCCUUCUUCCUGAAGAUGGUCGGAAAGGCCAUUGGGCUGGCACAUACUUUUCAAGUACUCAGUGCCUUAAUGUUCAUCCAGAUAUUCUUGUCCUUGACCUAUCGGCCCAUCUUGCCGCCUUCUUGUGACUCUCAGCACGGAGGGCAGGACAAGCUGGGCAGCCGGAGUGUGCGGCAGCAGUGCUGGUCCCAGACGCGCAAGUAUUUCAACUUGAGGAUUUUCCGGAGAAAGACCUAUCGGAUUUGGGCCUUUGGGAUUGCUACAGCUGUCCUGGGAUAUCUCGUACCUUUCAUGAACCUGGUAAAAUACGUGGAGAAGCGAUUCCAAGAAACCAAAAAGGACUGGAUCCUCCUGGUUUGCAUUGGAGCCACGUCAGGUCUGGGGCGCUUGAUUUCAGGCCGCAUUGGCGACUGCAUUCCUGGGCUGAAGAAGAUUUACCUGCAGGUUGUGUCCUUCUUGCUGUUGGGCAUCCUGUGCAUGAUGAUCCCCCAGUGCCGAGGGUUCGAGGGCGUCAUUGUCAUCUGCCUCUUCCUCGGCCUUUGCGACGGCUUCUUCACCACCAUCAUGGCCCCCAUCGCCUUUGAGCUGGUGGGGCCCAUGCAGGCGUCCCAGGCCAUAGGGUACCUCAUGGGGCUGAUGGCCGUGCCCAUGACGGCGGGUACACCAAUAGCAGGAUACCUCAAUGAUUAUUUUGGGAAUUAUGAUGCAGCCUUUUAUUUUGCCGGAGUCCCCCCCAUCAUCGGCAGCUUGGUGCUCUCUGUCGUCCCACUGGUGCAUCAGAGGAUGCUGAAGAAGCAGCGUCCGGAUUCCGGCAAAGACAAGAUGCUGGUCUCAGAGACCACGGUGAACGGGGAGCUGCUGCCGGGCUGUCCUGCCUCCGAAGCGCACAUGUGACAAGUGACAUCUCCGCUCACCGACACUCGCUGUCGCCACCAGCAGCCUCUCCGUAGCCCAAGCACAGGUCUUUUUCUAGACAGACCGUAAUUCUCAAUAAUUACAAAUGCACUAUGUUUGUAAAGGAAGAAACACAAAAAAGUUCUUCUAGUUAAAGGCUUUUAACUAGCAGAAAUUCUCUCUUUCAGGACAGGUUUGACUUCAAAGCCACCUUUUUUUUCCUCUAACCAUUUUUCUAAGGAAAACUCUCACCAGGAUUUAAACUUGAUCCAUCUCCCGCUCCUCUCUCCAGUUUUCUAUACGUCACAACAGAAGUUUACAGUUAAUAAAUGCCUUUUUAAAGCAGGCCAAGGAUGGAGUAUGUUGAACCUUGCAGCUGUCCAACCUUCUCCUCCGGUGUCACGUCCAAGUGAGGCAGCCCCCUCCUUGUCCAGCACCAGAGGCUGUUUUGGAGCCAGCAGAUGUGAAGGAGGAAACACUGCUUUAGUCUGAUGCACAGACCAAAUACAUGGUCACCGAGUCCUGCAUUAAUCUUCUCUCCUUUGCCACUGCUCUCCUGUGCACCCAGGGAGCUGCAGUGGGGGCGAUGGGGAGCUUGUCCUGCUCUGGUCCUGCUGCCCUCCUUGGAUGGAGCCUCACAGGAGCAUCCUCCUCUUGUGAAAUAUGCCUUAAAAACGCAGGGACAAGAGCAGCAGGUCCCUCAGCCACUUUCCACCUUCGUUUUCUCACCCAGUGACUAACGAUGGGGCUUUUAAUGUGCAAAAGAGCGGGGAAGCUGGCUCUGCAAGAUGCUGAGAUAGGAUUUCAGAGGCAUCAAGGCACACGGGUCGAGACAGAGCCCCAUGUAUGGUGCUGGGAGGCAGCUGGCUUGGGGCACAGGGUACCGCUGUGAUGUUUUGGGGCCGGUUGUGUAUUAUGCAGCAAUAACCACAAGUCAGCCUGGUGUUUCCAAAGGGUAUAAAAGCCCUGACAGCAUUUAACUUGCAGCCUGUGCGCUGCGGUGCAGAGCCGGUGCAGGGUCAGUGCUGUCCCCAAGGGGAGAGAGUUCAAGAAAAUAGCACAGCCCAUGGUACCCACCACGCCAAGCAAAGGCAGGGCUCAGCCCUGUGCAGAAAUUCGUUAUCUCCAAGUAUCGCUAAUGAGUGUGGCACAGAGCUUCUACCCCAGUGAGUCCCUGUGUGAAUGAGGGACCAGGGUACCUUUUCCUGGGAAUAAUAACUCAGAAGAGAGAAAGAAACAAAGCUUGCGUUUAUCCUGGUUGCAUUUAUCCUGGAUUUUAAUUUUAUUCACCUGCCAUUAAAAAGUGAGAAGCCCGAACAGGAACAUGUGCCAUCCCUCGGUCCCCAGGCGAGUGCGGGGGUUCGUAAAACCAAGACAAGUCUUUGCUGUGGAAACUUGGUUUCAGUGGACACCCCCCGUCCCGCAGUCAGCAGUGGGACCUUUGUAUAUAGGCUCAGGAUCCUGCAUGCCCCUCUGGCCCUGUUUUUAAUCCGCAUUGGCUAAUGCAUUAUAAGGUCUUGUGGUCUUGUGGCCCUUCUCUCCCCUUACAAGCUGGAAAACUAAUCGGUGUGUUGUGACAUGUCUGUUUAUGACUGUAAAACGCGAUGUUCAUUUGUCUCUUUCUUCGAUACUCUUUUCUAUGACUGGUGUUACCCCUCAUUGCCUGUAUUGCAUCAUCUGCUGUGGCUCUGCUGGCCCGUUGCUUGGUUUAAGAAGCCACGGGCGGCAGCAGGAGCUGCCCUGGAAGGCAGGACAUGCAGAUACCCGUGCAUUGCGGGGAGCCGAACCACCGUGCCUUUGCUCCAGUGCCGGUGGAAUCUGCCGGGCUUAGCCUAGGGCAGGGCAUUAAAGUGAAGUGAUGCUUUUCAGGUGGGAGCAUUGGCAGUGGGGCAUCUUCAAAGCCGUCUGACAGCUGAAGGAAAGAAAUAGGUUGUAUUGUAACUCCUUUCAUGAGUUUUGAGGCUUUCUUUCAUAUUGGAGUUUGAUUAAGUUCUUUAAAUAAUGUUUUUUGAUCUUAAUGCCCCCUGAAAAAGAGCUUAUGAGGGAUUCAAAAUCAAGAAGUAGUUUCUUCAGAUAGACAAGAGGAUGAGCAGAGCUGCCUCAAACCCACAGCUGGCCUGAGUGAGCGGCUGCUCCCAGCUUUGUAUGAGACUUCGUUGCGGUAAAACCUCCCUGGCUCAUAAGGCAAUUUAUGGUUCAAAACCCACAUUUCUACAGAUUUCCUCUUGCCUUAAAUGCUCUGCCUGCCUGCAGAGGUCAUUGCCCUGGGAGGAGUCUGCAUUCGGUGCUUAACGCUGCAGUGGCAUCUGUGUCAGCUCUGUGUCAGCAGGAGACAGUUCUCAUCCCAGGAGGGAUGGUGGUACCCAUGGUCAUCCCCCCUAAAUUUGGGUCUUUGCCCAUGACUUUCUACUCUCUAGAUUUUGAGUGAUGAGGUGCAUUCAUGGGCCACCCAAGUUUGGUUGAAAGAAUCCACCCCUCAUCCACCUGGUACCAGCCUCCCAAACUCACCCUCAGCAUCUUUGUCUGGUUUAGAUCCUGCUCCUGGUCAGGACAAGGACGAAUUCUGCAGUGGGGAAAGAAUGUUUGAGUAACAGCAAUGAAAGGUUCACCUGUCUGCAAACACAGAUGGGAACGGGAAGGGCAAAGGUUGGAGUCUGUCAACAUAAAGGGAAGCAUUUUGGGGUUUGUUUAUCAGCUAAAUGGUGCUGCUGUGUGUUUAAUUUGUCCUUGAUUAUUGGGCUGCUUGCAAGAAUUUUUUGCAGACUUGUGGCAUGUGAGAGGAUGGAUUGUGGCAAUCUGAGAAUCUAUGAGCAGGGAGAAAUUGUAUUGUUCCCUGAAACAUCCUUUUACCCUGUUAUAGUCUGGUGCUGUGAAGCCAAAUAUGUCCCUACCCGGUGCAAAAAGAUUCAUACUAAAACAUCUGUUUCUCCACAUCCCGGCCCAGCACAUCCACGUCCUCCUCUGGGCGGGCGAGGGCUGAAUGGGAAGCAGCAUUCAUGGUAAAAACUACCUUUUACUCAGUUUUCUGAGUAAAAACAACAAACUUCUCCAUCUCCUGUGAGUGCCGGGCUGUGAUUCCUCCCCUGCUCCCUUGCUCUGGGAGGGGAAGGUGGAGCCGGACACUCCAGGCUCCGCCAUUUUUGGGAGCCAGUGAGGGUACAAGGAUGGGUCGAGUCCCUUGGUGGGAAGGGGGUGGAAGGCAGCGGGGAGGGAUCAGCUUCACUCUGUGCCUGCAGUGUUUGGAGAGCUGCGGGCACGCGCGUAGCUUGGUGUAAGUGCACAGCAAGCACAGGACGUGUCUCAGCAGUGCCCGGCUCGGGGCUUGGCUGGGGCUGCCUUCUGAAUCCCUAGCUUGAGGGUGUUCAAAACCAAGUUGUUGUCUUUUCUUCUUUUUUUUUACUGCUGCAGAGUGAGGCGUCGGGUUUAACUCCUCUCACUCUGGCUGAGGGAUGGAGCAGGACAGCCGAGCUGAGGGGCUGGCUGUGCUCUCAGCCUUUGGGGGCUGCCCCAGCGCUGGGAAGGCUGGUGGGGCAGCGGCUGCGGGACCUGCCUGGGGAAGUGCCGUGAUUCUCGGCUUAGAGCUUCUUCAAGUUAUGAAACAAAGCUGGAUCCAUCUCCGAGAGCUGUUACAUUGCAUUGUGCCCUGCCCUGAGGUCCUACAACCAGGGGAAUAUAGCUUAAAGUCACAUAGCUUAAAUUAACAAAUUCUGGCUAUUCACUGGCUGGGCUUGAGGUUUCCUAACAUUUCCCUGCUGUGGGAAGGCUACAUCAUAAUUGCCAUCAAAGCUUGAGGGCUGUUGCAGGUCUGCUGUGGUACUGUGGGGCUUGGAGACCCCUUGUUUCAAGAUGUUUUUGGUUCUGCCUCCCACCAUCAUGGUGGCUUGGGGCUGCCAGUUUGGCCACACCGGCAGUCGAGGAGCUUCAUAACCCUCUGGGCUGCAGCUGGGCAAGGACAUUCCCGUCCUUCCGUGCAUGACAGUGCUGCAGGAGCAUUUCGCACAGCGCUCGAGGGGCUCUUUUGGCGUUGGUACGUUGGUGCUAAGAGCGGUUUGCUCUGGGCAGCCUGAUUCGGUGCUGAGGAUCUCACCUGCGCUUGCUCACAUCACUCUGGUUCAGCAUCUCAGGAGGCUUGGGGUGGAUUUUAAGCCUGCUUGACAUUUGCACCUGUAUGUGGCCAUACAGAUGUAACACCCUGCAUAAAGGUGAACUUGGACCAAAUCCUCUGGAUGCAGAACGGGGCAGAUCCAGCUGAGACCCUUGCCAUCCCUCCAUCCUUCACUGCAAACCACUACCUGGCUUUCACGUGCCUCUGUACCCAACAGAGUUUUGUUUGGGAGUUACCUUGGUUAUUUUAGCUUCAAUAAUUUUCACACUGGCAGAGUUUGCUUCUCCUUAUCCAGCUGGAAGCAGGAAACUGGAAUGGCUCUGAAAGCCCUGGUUCCUUUGCCAAGCCUAGCAGCGCCUCCCGCCACCGGAGCUGCUGCUUUCUGCCGCAAAAACCCACAGUUGGGCAGCUCUUUUGGGCACUUUUGUUUAAAUGUCAGCCGCCCUUGUAACCUUUGGGGAGAGUGACAUCAUUGACAAGUGCUCCUUAAAUACCCCUCCAACAUCCUCUGAAUAACGUCAGGCAGGGAUGGACCUGGCAGUGUGGAGGGGCCCCACUGGCAAAGCAAACCAAAAUAAAGCUGUAUCCCUUCCUUUUCCUCAGAAGGAAAGCAGAGGUGGGAUGGAUGGAGCUGCCAUCCCUGCGCAGCUCUGAGUGGGUUUGGUGGCUGAGGGUGGCUGCAGGGGUGACCUUCCAUGUGUUCAAGGGGUGAGCAUCACUCCGGGUGCUUUAUCAGCUUGGCACGGUGGCUCCGUGGACUUUAGUUCUGGUGACAGCGAGAUUAUCACUGGGCUUUGGCAGGCUCAUCCUGCACAACCCCUUUCGGGGGUGUUUUGUCGCUUUAUUUUUGCAAACAUUGCAAUGCCCUUAGUACUCCCACCAAGGACAGGCGCUGCGGUGCCCCCAUGUCUCCUCUCUCCACCACCGCUGUGCCACUGCGGGGACAAAACACCGGCAGAGCCGAGCCAGGAAAGACACACGGUCCCUCCUGUUUUCUGCAGAACACGGCUUUGGAAGGAGGUUCUGUACCUCCAAAGCUUCUCCUGUUUCUGUAACAUACUUCCCAGUGCUCACCCUACAUCACGUCCAACCAGCAAGACAAGCGUAGCUCUUAACCAUAGGAUUAGAGGCAAGUCUAUUUUACUAAGGAAUGAAGCUUUUUUUUUUUUUUGUACAUUCUUAACCAUGGCAUGUAAGAUGAGUUGUUUACUGGAGCAAGUUUUUGCAUAGCAUUGAUGCUCUGGUCAGCGAUGGCCAGAUUGCCUGAAUGCAGUUGGGUUUUUGGCCGCCAAGUGCAUUCAAUCCAAUUAUUUCGGGAAAGGAUGCAACUUCUCGAGGCCUGAGCUUUCCCAGCAUAUCCUGUUUCAGCCAUUUGAACCCAUUAAAGCAGGAGACAAGACUUUUUUGGGGGAGCUGAGGGGAGUUAGGAAAUUACUCUGUUCUCCCUCCCCUGCCCUGAAAUGCAGCAGGACAAAGCCAAAUAUUUGCUUUCAGAUAGGUGGAUUUUGGAGCCAACUCCACAUAAGAGCACCAGGGUGGAGGCUAGAAUUUUGGCCAGCUUGGAUAAUUCAUGUGACAGCUUGUUUUUAAAAUGGGACCUCCAAACCUGCUGCCAUCACCCCCAGUCCGUGGAUCCCGAUGCUGUGCUCCAGCCCUGGGCCAGCAUCAGCUCCAUCGCUGAUGGAAACAGCAGGUUUUUGGGGUGGGAUGCAUUGCUUUGCCCUGCCAAUGUGCUGGUAACGCUCACCCUCUGGGUGUCUGUAGCCCCUGCAAAGACACUAAAAGGCUGCAGGUACUGUUAGUAGCUCUGCAACCAUUAUUAUUACCAGGGGCCUGGAGCUCCAAAACCAGCAGCCUGAAAGCAGCCACUUAAUUCAGUGUAGAAGUCAGGCCCCAAAGUCUAAAAUUAUUCCAUUUUUAAUUUUUUUUUGCAUCUGCUCCUUGUAAGCAAUUUAUAUUCCCUUCAGAUUUUGUAUCUGGAAGUAAAGUAUUUGAAUGUGUGUCUUAAAAGUAUGACUGUCCUUUCAAAAUGUGAAUUUCUGAUUGUUGGCAUACAAAACAAAACGAAAGAAAACAAACCUAUCCCAUACUAGCCCAUUUUUGUAAUUACUGUUUAAUGAAUGUUGUUUAAAAAAAUUGUGUAGAAUAAAACCAGUUUAAAAAGAAAA